AUGAGAAGAGGAAUUCGCUGUCUCUUUCCGGCCUUCAAGAUAUCGAAGCGAGGACGUGGUGGGUCCUCCAGCGCCAAGAACCGGAUCUCCUUGGGUCUGCCCGUUGGAGCUGUGAUCAAUUGUGCGGAUAACACAGGAACCAAAAAUCUGUACAUCAUCUCUGUGAAGGGGAUCAAGGGACAACUGAACAGACUUCCCGCCGCUGCUGUGGGUGACAUGGUGAUGGCCACGGUCAAGAAAGGCAAACCCGAGCUCAGGAAAAAGGUACAUCUGGCAGUGGUAAUUCGACAACGAAAGUCAUAUCGGCGAAAAGAUGGCGUCUUUCUUUAUUUUGAAGAUAAUGCAGGGGUCAUAGUAAACAAUAAAGGUGAAAUGAAAGGUUCUGCCAUCACUGGACCAGUUGCAAAGGAAUGUGCAGACUUAUGGCCCAGGAUUGCUUCCAAUGCAGGCAGUAUUGCUUGAUUCUUCGGUGUUUGUAUUU